AUGCAUCAGUGUCUACUCAAGCGGAGCUCCCGUGCUUUGAAUGUGAUAAACGUAAAGCUGAAGUACAGCAUCGGAGUCUUAAGAGAUAUUUUUGUAUGUGAUUACAGGGAUUGGCUGAAGUGCCUGUUCCAAGUGUUUGCGGUGGUGUGCUUCGUGUGCGCCGUGUGCGUGCUGAGCGGCGUGGCGCGGUGGCGCGGUGCGCGCUGCGCCCGCGAGCCCGUGCCCUGGAGCUGGCUGCGCGCGCAGGACCUCAUCGACCUCCUGCUCAGGAUCGAGUAUGUGGCCGAUGUGCCCAUGUGA